AUGGGUGGAGAAAAGUCUGAUUCAGUCGAAAUCCUUCAUGAGAGUAGCAACAGCAAUAACGAUCUUAGCAAUAACGAAAGCAGCAACAUUGAGAUAGACAACAAAGAAGGCGAAGGGUAUGCAUCUUCUUCGAGAUGGCAGCAUUUCAAAGACUCAUUCAAGAGAGCUGACAAUGUUGGCAAAGACGGACAUGGAGAUGGAGAUGCAGAUGCAGAUGCAGAUGCAGCACGAAGCGAUAACGAAAAAACAGGCGACAAUGAAGAGAAUUUACAUCGAGAAUUGAAGAACCGUCAUAUUCAAAUGAUUGCCCUUGGAGGUGCCAUUGGUACUGGUCUCUUGAUUGGUUCAGGAAGCGCGUUGCGAUCAGGUGGUCCAGCAAGUUUAGUCAUAUCGUGGGGUAUUGUGGGCACAAUGGUCUUUUGUGUUGUGCAAGCUCUAGGUGAGUUAUGUGUUGUUUACCCUGUUAAUGGUGCAUUUUCUACUUAUGCGUCAAGAUUUGUUGAACCAUCAUGGGGUUUUGCUGUCGGAUGGAACUAUGCAAUCAUGUGGUUGUUUGUAUUGCCGUUGGAAUUAGUUGCCGCAUCAAUGUGUAUCACAUACUGGAAUGAUAAUAUAAACCCUGCAAGCUGGGUGGUGAUAUUCUACGUGUUUAUAUUUAUGAUUAAUUUCCUUGUUGAUGUGCGAGGCUUUGGUGAGGCUGAAUACUACAUGACGAUUUUCAAAAUUAUGGCCAUUGUUGGAUUCAUCAUCUUGGGAAUAGUUUUGGUUUGCGGCGGUGGACCGACACAUGAGUUUAUCGGCGGCAAGAACUGGCAUGUGGGCAAUGGUGCUUUACCCAAUGGAUUUCAUGGUGUUGCAUCUACAUUCAUUACUGCAUCGUACUCUAUGGCAGGAACAGAAAUGGUGGGGUUAGCCAGUGCAGAGACUAAAAACCCAGCAAAGACACUACCAAAAGCAGUGAGACAAGUGUUUUGGAGAUUGUUUUUGUUCUUUUUCGUUUCAUUAAUGUUUGUUGGCUUGCUUGUUCCAUACAAUCAUCCAGACUUAUUAGGCAAAUCAGGUUCAACAAAUUCAACAUCACCAUUUGUCAUUGCCAUUAAGGAUGGUGGUAUCAAGGCCUUGCCUUCGAUAUUUAAUGCCUGUAUCUUAAUCACUGUGCUUUCAACAGGUAACUCAGCAGUUUAUGGAUGCUCAAGAACCAUUCAAUCUUUAGGACAACAAGGACUCGCGCCAUCACUUUUUGCUUAUGUCGAUAGAAAGGGUCGCCCAUUAGUGGCACUCUGCGUCUCUGCAUUAUUUGGUUUACUCGGAUUCCUUGCAGCCUAUAAAGAUCAAAGUGUAGUGUUUAAUUGGCUUUUGAGUGUUGCAUCAUUAGCCACCUUAUUCAGUUGGGGUUCCAUUGCAGCGGUGCACAUUAGGUUCCGUUUGGCAUGGAAAGCUCAAGGCCGCUCAUUAGAUGAAUUAACAUUCAAGGCCAACACAGGGAUCAUUGGAUCCAUUUAUACGCUUGUGUUUCUACUCUUUGUGUUGGCAUUGCAAUUAUAUAUUGGCCAUGUUUCCGCCGAGGCAUUUUUCCAAAAUUUCCUCGGUGCCAUUGUGGUGAUUUUAUUUUAUAUCGGUCAUAAGUUGUAUUCGAGAAGCUGGACUAUGCUUCGUCCUUUAAAAGAGAUUGAUUUAGAUAGUGGUAGAAGACACCUUGAUAUUGAAUUAAUCAGAAGUGAGUUGGCCGAGGAACGAGAAAGGAUCCAUCAAAAACCAUGGUGGUGGAGAAUUUGGAAUUACUGGUGUUAG